AUUUUUAAGACAAAAAUGCCCCUUAUUUUUUUCAAUAUUUACACCAAAAAAUAUGAAACCCUAAUAAAGCUUCUUCUUCCUGCUGCAAUUUCGAAAGCUUCCUCCUCAUCCUCUCCCGUACCCUCUCUUCUCUUCCCCACAGAGUGGAAUCUGCAUCUCCAAGUUCCAGUGCUUCGAUCUGCCCAAUACUGCAUUUGCAACCAAAGAUCUGCCUCUGUUUAUUUGCUUCCACUUCCCCUAUUGGGCAGUACUGCAUUCAAAGGUUGCAAAAUGGAAUGGAGACAAAGUUCGGAGAGCACAAAGCCGGGAAAUGAGAACAAUUCUUCGUACAGCUUAGGUGCAAUUGUUGUUGGUGUUGCUGCAGGAAUUAGUCUAAUGGCUUGGGGUUUAUCUGCACUUGUUUCAUCAGCUGGUGAGAAAAAGAAGAAAACGAUGAAAGCUCCUGGAAAAGAUAAAAUCAUAAACAGGGAAGAGUUUGCGCGUGAUCCUAAAGGCUAUUUCAGAGGCUUGCGCAAAAAGUAGGAACUUCUCUUGAACCGUUAAACAUAUGAGAUUAUGCCUAUACUUUUGUUAUUAAACUAUCCUAAUGGGAACUUGCAGCUUGUUGUCUUGUAGAUGGGGAUUACUGUAGUUUCUUAUGGUGAUUAGGGUUUUUGCUUUCUAUUUUAAUUUUUGAUGUUUAUCAUCGGUUUAAUGGUAGUAGAGUUCAAAACUUGAUGA